AUGGAGGAUGUGAACGCGGCUCGUGCCCUGCGUAAGGCUCGUAGUGGUACUGAAGAAGAAGAAACAGACUCUCCGGGAAAUUUAUGUGUUUCUGUGCGUGACUACUACUGCUACAAGUUCCAGAUACGACCAGGAAUCUUUAAUCCCAUACUUCAUGGCAAGCGUCUUUUCCAACAAUUUGCAGUGGACACAUACAUCAAAAUCGAGAGUUCUCGAUUGGAUUACAUACGCAAUCAUCAAACUGAGAUUAGGGCCGACCUCUACCAAGGAUUGGUUGAUAGCCUGCAUGCUGGUGAGGGUAGAUCAGAAGCUGUUGGAAAGCGGACCGUGAUGCCUUCGUCGUUUAUCGGAGGCCCGAGGGACAUGAGGCGUAGGUACAUGGAUGCCAUGGCACUGGUGCGAAGGUUUGGGAAACCAGACAUCUUCCUGACUAUGACAUGUAAUCCAAAGUGGGAUGAGAUCACGCGUGAGUUGUACCCUGGACAAACACCACAGGAUCGUCCAGACCUUAUUGAUCGGGUCUUUAGGGCAAAACUGGAAGAGCUUAAGCACGUGUUGUUAAAAAAGGAUAUCCUUGGAAAGGUCCGUGCACACGUGUAUGUUGUGGAGUUCCAGAAGAGGGGUCUACCGCAUGCACAUUUUUUGCUAAUCAUGGACAGACGCUACAAGAUCACGUGCCCAGAGCAGUAUGACCUGCUCAUCUCUGCCGAGCUCCCAAACAAGAAGAAGUAUCCAGACUUGUAUAAAAUGGUUACAAAGCAUAUGAUGCAUGGCCCUUGUGGAGUACUUAAUCGCAACUGCCCAUGCACAAAGGGCCGUGAAUCAUGCAAGAACCAUUACCCACGACCUUUCUGUGAUGCCACAUUACAAGGCAAGGAUUCAUACCCAGUUUAUAGACGACGUGAUGAUGGUAGAAAAGAAAAGGUUCGUGGGCAUGAGCUUGACAAUAGAUGGGUCGUGCCUUACAACCCAUACCUCCUACGUUUGUUCAAUUGCCACAUCAAUGUUGAAGCAUGUGGGAGCAUCAAGGCCGUCAAGUAUUUGUUUAAGUACAUUUACAAGGGUCAUGACCGCGCGUCUGUAGCUGUGAGAGAGGCUAACAAGGAGGACAAUGAAGGAAACAUCGAUGAGAUCAAACAGUACAGGGAUGCUAGAUGGCUCCAUCUUCCUGACAUGCACAUGGUAUCAUUUCAUCGACGUGAAGGUGUUCGACGAGUGCUUAAUCGUCCAGGUGUUGAAAGGUCGAUGCUUACAGCCUUCUUCGAGAAGAACAACACAUCUGAACAUGCCCGUGGUAUAUUGUAUCGGGACUUUCCUGAGUACUAUAAGUGGGACUCACAAGGGGAGCGUUACUAUCUUAGGGUGCUUCUAAAUCAUGUGGUUGGUGCUACCUCGUUCACUGAUCUAAGGACGGUGUCUGGCGAACUCGUACCGACUUUCCGUGAAGCUGCAGAAAGAAGGGGCCUCAUUGAAGCGGACAACACGCUGCACGAGGGCCUUGCUGAAGCUACUCUAUGGAUGAUGCCAUAUGCAUUGCGAAGGCUCUUUGCAACAAUCUUGGUUUUUUGUGAGCCGAGUGAUGUAUUAAAACUCUGGGAAAAGCAUAAGGAGGCAAUGUCAGAGGACUACAGGCGCAAUAACCAAUCAACCUUUGCGGUGGAGCAGAUGGUCCUCAUAGAUAUUCGGAAGUUGUUAGAAUCAAUGCAGAAGGACAUAAAGAUGUACCCACUUCCUGAUAUCGAUGACACAUAUGAUCCAUCCGGUGAUAUUCCCAGGGAGAUUUUUGAGGAGGCUAGCGUUGAGGCAAGCAUUGAUGACAUGGCACUAUCAAAGACCCUUAACGAGGAGCAGCGGGCUGCCUACAAUGAGAUUAUGUCGGCUAUUGAUACCGAUCAUGGGGGUUUGUUCUUUGUGGAUGGACCUGGCGGCACAGGAAAGACUUAUCUAUAUAGGGCCCUACUCGCUACUAUACGUAGUCAGAACAAGAUUGCUGUGGCAACAGCAACAUCUGGUGUUGCUGCGUCAAUAAUGCCUGGUGGUAGAACCGCCCACUCACGCUUCAAGAUUCCCCUCACCCUCGAUGAUGGAGCCUUUUGUACCUUCACAAAACAGAGUGGUACUGCCAAGCUGCUUCAGACCGCAUCCCUUAUUAUUUGGGACGAGGUGACAAUGAUGAAGAGACAAGGUGUUGAGGCGCUAGACAACAGCCUCCGUGAUAUCAUGGACCGUCCUAACCUCCCGUUUGGGGGGAAGACUAUGGUGUUUGGUGGAGAUUUUAGGCAGGUUCUCCCAGUUGUUCGAAGAGGGUCUAGGGCACAAAUAGUUGGUGCCUCACUGCGGAUGUCGUACCUUUGGAAUUCCAUGCGACAUCUCAAAUUGGCGCGCAACAUGAGGGCAAAGAAUGAUCCAUGGUUUGCAGAAUACUUGCUACGUAUUGGGGGAGGCUCUGAGGAGGCUAAUUGUAAUGGUGAAAUCCACCUUCCUGAUGAUAUAUGCAUACCACAGAAUGGAAAAGACGGUGAUCUUGAUAUGUUAAUUGACUGCAUAUUUCCUGCCCUCAAUGCCAAUAUGUCAGACAAGAGCUACAUCACCUCACGAGCAAUAUUAUCUGCGCGGAACGACUCUGUUGAUAUGAUUAACAUGAAGAUGAUAAGUCGUUUCCAAGGGGAUGAGAUGGUGUACCAUAGCUUUGAUAGUGCAGUGGAUGAUCCACACAACUACUACCCAUCUGAGUUCCUCAACACUUUGACCCCCAAUGGUCUUCCUCCACAUGUGUUAAAGCUUAAGAUUGGGUGUCCGAUCAUAUUGCUAAGGAACAUCGACCCUGCAGGUGGACUUUGCAAUGGAACCAGACUGGUGGUUCGAGGGUUCCAAAGAAAUAUUAUCGAUGCAGAAAUUAUGGUUGGAGACCAUGCCGGAAAGCGAAUCUUCCUACCACGGAUUCCGUUAUGUCCCUCGGAUGAUGAGAUGUUUCCGUUCCAGUUCAAGAGGAAGCAGUUUCCUAUUAGACUCAGUUUUGCCAUGACGAUUAACAAAGCACAGGGGCAGACUCUUCCCAAUAUUGGUGUGUAUUUGCCUGAACCAGUGUUCUCUCAUGGCCAGCUGUAUGUUGCGCUAUCUAGAGCCACUGCCAGAUUGAAUAUCAGGAUCCUUGCUGUCCUGCCCAGUGAUAAGAAUGAUAAGAAAAAGAAUACAAAAAUAAAUGGUACAUACACAAAAAAUAUUGUCUACAAAGAGGUCCUCACUCUAUGA